AUGAUCAGCGUCGAGCCGUCAGUAGAGGAUGGAGACGGCGACGGCAGACGUAAAAAGGCCAGGCGGGGUUCGUCGGUGGCUAGAGUGGCCGGAGGAAGCGUCAGUGGGAAGUUUGCAUGCCCUUACUUCAAGCGGAACCCAAAGAAGUACCGCAAGUGGACGUCCUGUCCCGGCCCAGGAUGGGACGAGGUGCAUCGCGCCAAGACUCACCUCUACAGAUGGCAUCAGCUUCCCAUACAAUGUCCUCGAUGCUGGACUGUAUUCAAGACGGAUGACCAACGUCAGUCGCACCUGCAGCAAGACCCGCCGUGUGCGGUCCAACCGAAUCAAACGCUCUACGAGGGCUUCACCAAGGACCAGGAGAAGAGGCUUCGCAGCCGCAAGAAGACGCAGGCGGACACGACCGACGAGGCCAAAUGGCGCGAGAUCUAUAUGAUCCUCUUUCCGGAUGAUGACGUGGCCGCCAUUCCCUCGCCAUACUACGACGAAUCCGACGCCAACGGAGAGGGUGGCAGUACAAGUAGUGGAUCCGGGGAAUUCGAGGACUACGCCACCUUCAUCCGCCGAGAGAUGCCCACGCUCGUGCGGCGGGAGCUGGAGGUGUUGUUCCGCGACGAGUUCCGGGACGUCGAGGAGCGACUGCGGCCGCGCAUGGCCGAGAUUGUGCUCAACCUGCAGCUGAGACUGCUGAGCCUCUACAAACAGUCGCAGAUGCCCCUGAGCGAAUACGGGCCCGCGCAGCAUGGAGACAUGGCUAGUGGUGGCGAGAAAACGUCCACACCAUCGCUGUCGCAGGUGGGCUCGGUCACAGGGUCGGGAACUAACUCAACGCCCACUACGCUACCGGGAGUCAAGGGCUCUCUGGUCGAAGCCGAGACCCAACCGGAUUGGUACGACGGCAUCUGGGACACGGACUGCGAUGCGGGUUAUUUCGGGAGCCAAGUCCUUGCACAGGUACCCUCGGAGACGGGCACUUGCCCGGGGCUGGACUGGGAGCAUGAGUUUGAUACAUUGCUGGACCACGUUCUUCCGCCGGUGGACAUACAAACUGGGUACUUUGGCCAGCCUGCCCAGGCAUCAGCACAGGGAGGAUGA